UCAAUGCCAUUUCUCCCUGAUUUGAAUCGCGCCUGAUUUUUUUGUUCCAUUAUGGAUUUUAAACACACCUGCAAUCGGAUUUCAUCUUAAAAGGCCAAGUCUGUAUCCAGCGAGCAGUUCAGCCAAAAGUGGGCCCUUGACGUAGAGCUGCCAAGCCAUUGAACAGUCGAGUGCGCGCCUGGCAUCGCGUUUCCAUCUCGGAACUGGAAGACUUCAGUUGUUGGCCAGAAAAACACACAAUCCCAUCUUAACACCCUUUCGCCGCGCCCAGGGAAGACUGUCGCCAAGAUGUCGGUCAUUCUCGAGACAACGGCAGGUGACAUUGUCAUUGACCUGCUGGUCGAUUUCGCCCCCAAGAUGUGCGAAAACUUUCUCAAGCUAUGCAAGAUCAAAUACUACAACUUCUCUCCGAUCCACUCUAUUCAAAAGUCCUUUUCCUGUCAAACCGGCGACCCUCUCGGGCCUCUGUCCCCCAAUUCCGACGGCGGAAGUUCCAUCUGGGGCUUACUCGAAGGCAGGGACAAGACAUUUCCUGCCUUGUUCCAUCCCAAAUUGAAACACCGCGAACGAGGCACUGUCAGCAUGGCUACUGCCCCCCACCCGUCUGACCCAGAGACACGACUGGCUGGCUCUCAAUUUCUGAUCACACUGGGAGAGGACGGGAUAGACUUCCUAGACGACAAAGCCGCCAUAUUUGGGAAAGUCGCCGAGGGCUUUGACGUUCUGGAGAAGAUCAACGAGGCAAUUGUGGAUGAACGAGGGAACCCGCUGGUGGACAUCAGAAUCAAGCAUACCAUUGUGUUGGAGGAUCCCUACCCUGACCCCGCUGGCCUGCGGGAGCCGAGUGCUUCACCUCCACCGACCAAGGCACAGCUCGCUACCGUCAGGAUUGCGGAGGGAGAAGAGCUGGUUGAUGUCGAAAAGGACGAAGAAGCCGCCGCUGAGGCGGAAACGAGAAAGAGAGAGAGAGAAGCAGCCGCCCAGGCGUUGACGUUGGAGAUGCUGGGCGAUCUCCCAUUUGCCGAAGUCAAGCCACCAGAAAAUGUCCUGUUUGUUUGCAAGCUCAACCCAGUCACAACUGACGAGGACUUGGAGUUGAUAUUCAGUCGGUUUGGCAAGAUUCUGAGUUGCGAGGUGAUCAGAGAUCAGAAAACCGGCGACAGCUUGCAGUAUGCUUUCAUUGAGUUUGAAGAUAAGAAGAGCUGCGAGGAAGCGUACUACAAGAUGGAUUCCGUUCUGAUUGACGACAGGAGAAUUCACGUAGACUUCAGUCAGAGCGUCAGUCGCCUGAGCGAGGUUUGGAGAAACGAUACCAACACGAAACGCAAAACUGCUGCUGCAAGAAAAGGGAAAGGUGGCUGGGGUGGUGUGCAAGAGCUGGAGAAAUGGCGCAAGUACAGGAAUGAGGACGUGGAACGUGACGACGAGGACGAUCAUUACCGGAUGGUUCAUGGGGUGGAGGAUAUGCAGCAUGGCAGGCGCGAUACCGGCGUCUCCCACAGCAGCAGCAGCAAUAACAACAAUGAGAAUAAUAACAACCGCAAGCCUUACGACAGGAGAGCCGGCGAGAGCCGGUCGAGCGGCCCGAGUGGAAGUGGUGGCUAUGAAGAUAGCCGAAGAGAAGCUGCGGCACACCGGCGGGGAAGAGAGUCCCCGGAUCGGCUGACGGACACGCGCAGCAGUAGCGGCAAUAACAACAGGCCAGAGCACAGGCAAGGUCACACGGAGCGACGGAGCCGGAGCCCCAGACAAGACCACGGUUAUCACCGUCACAGCUACCGCGACAACAACCGCCAUGACAGGCCAGGCGAUCCCGGACAAUCAUCAUCAAGGGGCCGAGAAGAUCGGGAUUGGGCUCGUAGAGAUCGUCGGGACCAAGAUCGCGAUAGAAGGGAUAGGAGCAGAUACAGGGACAGGGAUAGGGGCCGGGACAGAUACCGGGGAAGAGGCGGAGGAGACGAGUACAGUGGACGUUGAACGGUUGUCGUCGGUCGUGUGUAGCGGUGCUGUCGGCUGCCGGCCUCGUGUGCGUGGGAUAUCACAGUAACGAUGCAAGCUAAUUAGAGCCCUAGACGAUGAGUGGUUCGUCUUACACGUUCGACAGCAACUCGUUUUCUUGUGGCCCGGCUCUUCUUGCUCUUUUCUGUCUUCCUCAGCUGCCAGCUCCCUGUCCAGCAUAGUGUCUUCCACCCUCGGCCAGUCGCCCCAGUUACUCAACACUACGCCCAACGACGGAUGACAUCCUGUUGGCCGGGCACUGGGAACACGACUUGAGCAAGGUGUCAUCUCGUCGUUCUGACCACCGAGUUGGUCUGGAACUCCUGGUCGAACGUGUACACGCGCUCCUGUGUAGUAGGCGUCAAGGAGAAGUCUAAACCGCAUGGUGCCCUGUCAAUGGAUGGCGCAUCGUCCCGACGGGCUGCGUGGGCAAGGACCCUGUGCCCGAAGGCCAGACCCAAUGGAUGUGGCUCGCCUCCUGUUGCUUCGACUCUUUUAUACGAGCUUUCUUUUCGUUCUGCCAUGGAUAUCUAUCUACGUGGCGGGCUGAGGUGGGUGCGUGUUGGUCAGGGCAUUCUGGCUACAGCCGUGGAUGGAUCGCAUUUGCGGGCCGGGUGGUCGAGGCGCAUUGCAUUGUUUCUCGAUGGCUUCCAUUGAUGCUUCCUGCCCCCUUUCCUGCCCCUUUCCUUCCUCCCAGCCGCGGGUUCUCAGCACCCUGGUUCACCCCCCGCCCUGUGGUUCGCGGAAGGGAUUGUGGGAAGGUAACCCAAGGCUGCCCUUUUCCGUUGCACAUCUCAUCAGCAUCGUCAUCGCCAGUGAUCUAUCCCCCUUUUGUCGUGACUACAGCACAGGAGCAAGUGGGCAUGCACGCCGGGUAAUUCUUUCUCUCUCGGUCCAGCACAUAUUCCCCCACUCUCGCGCGUACCGCACCCCUCUCACCACAGUCGCUCCGUCACAGUCGAAAGACGGUCGGGUGGCUUUUUAUACAGGCUACACGUGCGGGCCGCUUCUUUCUUCAAGCCUCCCUUGAAGUGAUUAUCGGGCCCAGCUGGAGCAUGCAGAGCUGCCAACCGCCGUAUCGUGCUUCCUCCCUACUCAACAUAGGGCGUAUAUGUAUGCGGACCUCGGAGUUUCGUACCCGGAUGAGGUAGCUUCUGCUGGUUCCACGAGGAGGUUGUUCAUGCGGUCUCUGUAUGACGCAGGCAAAUAGAAUGAGGGGCCUUUCACAAAGCCCCGUCCUGCGCAGAUAGCUGGCUAGCCUCCUGUUCUCGCCCCCCGGCUUGGGUUGGGUUGUCAUUGGGCUGAAAGAUUAUACUACUUUUAUAUAUGCCUAUAUUUGACGACGAAGAUGCUCGUAAUCGGGCUGUGGUGGUGUGCGGAUAAGCAGGGCGGCCAAUGAGUGCUACAGGUGCCUAUUCGUACUGCAUAAAAAUUGGUUUUGCGGGUAGUUGGGGGUUGGGGGUUCGGGGUUGGGGGCUGCUGGCCAAGGGGUGAUGGAGGGGCGGGUGUUUGGGUUGUGUAUGUGUGUGUAUGGGUGUGUCUGAGGUAUCGUUCGGAUCAUGCCCGUCAUCCACCACCCUUCUUUCUUCUUUCUCUUCCUCAACAUCCUCCCGACCUACCAAUCCAGCCGCCGCUGCCGCUGCCGAUCCACAUCGACCCGUCACCGCCGGCAGGCAAGAAAAAGAAAAAAGUUCUCAUUUUGCCUCGGAGGCGUUCGGGCAACGUGUCUCGACAGACGCCCAUGGCGGUUUUUUUCUACCGGUUUACCGUUUGGGCGACGGAUCGAGCUGUAAGGUCCCUCCCUCUCCGAAUGUCCACGACUCGGGGAAAAAAUGGCGUUUUUUAUGCAUCUCUCAAAACCCUGGAUAUCCCAACGCCAUUUGCUGGCAACGUCGAGAAAGCAUGGUAGUGAUUCUCGUGACGCGUGUGCACAUUACAUUGAUGCUUCCAGAAAUAUCAGGAAGGGCACAUUUGUCCAGGCGCGUCCGAAGCUGAUUUGUUCUACCUUUUCGUAGACUUCACGUCCGUGAAUAAGGGGAAGCCAUUCA